UUAAUUACUGCGACCUUCGACUCUGUUCUUACUUACUCUUAGUUUCUUCUACCUCUUCUUUUUCCUUCGGAUUUCUCUUCCGAGUGUAUACUGUUAAAAUCAGAGAAGAUGGAUAGCCAAGCUGAUGUGAAGGACCAGUGCCACCAUGCCAAAGAUGAUGCAGAGGCAUGCAAAUGGUACGAAGAGGAGAUUGACGACGAUCUCAAGUGGUCUUUUGCUCUGAACAGUGUGCUGCAUAAAGGGACCAGCAAGUACCAAGAAAUAGCUCUUAUUGACACGAAACGUUUCGGCAAGGCUUUGGUGAUCGACGGCAAGAUGCAGAGCGCCGAGAUCGACGAGUUCAUCUACCAUGAGUGCUUGAUCCAUCCCCCCCUACUUUGCCACCCUAACCCCAAGACAGUGUUUAUUAUGGGAGGAGGAGAGGGAUCGGCAGCGAGGGAAGUCCUCAGGCAUAAGACUGUAGAGAGCGUGGUGAUGUGCGACAUAGACGAGGAGGUGGUGGAUUUCUGCCGAAAGUACUUGACAGUAAACCAAAACGCAUUCAGAGACAGCAAGCUCUGCCUCAUCAUCAACGACGCCAAGGCUGAACUUGAGAAGAGGGAGGAACAGUUUGACAUCAUAGUGGGUGACUUGUCUGACCCUAUGGAAGGAGGACCGUGCUAUCAGCUUUACACUAAAUCCUUCUACGAGAAAAUUCUGAAGCCCAAGCUGCGGCAUCAAGGCAUCUUUAUCACUCAGGCUGGACCAGCUGGUGUUCUCACCCACAAGGAAGUCUUCUCUUCCAUCUACAACACCUUGAAGCAUGUCUUCAAAUAUGUGGUUGUCUACACAGCUCAUGUCCCAUCCUUUGCUGAUAUGUGGGGAUGGGUUAUGGCAUCGGAUGAGCCUCUGGUGGUGGAUUCUCGUCAGAUUGAUGAGAGGAUUGGGGAAAGAAUCAAUGGAGAGCUUCUCUACCUAAACGGCGAGUCGCUGGUAUCUUCCACCACCAUGAACAAGAGCGUCUACACGUCCCUCUUGAACGAGACGCAUAUCUACACCGAGGAGAACGCGAGAUUUUUGUACGGACAUGGAAUGGGUUGCUAGGCAGAGACGGCGGCCAGGCGACGAUCGAGCAUUUCGCUAUUUUUCAUGCUUGGAAUCAAAGUCGCCUGCGUGAAGUGUUCCUUUAUUACUUUCCCUGUGCGAGCAAAUAAAAGCCAGUGGCAAAUUUUGAAAUCAAUAAGUCUAGUACUAGUGCGGUUGACUAGGAAUUGAGCUUCAAGUAAAAUAAAGAGAAAAAAAGAACAAUUAAAAUUUUGUGUGUGUGAUUCUACACCUCACUUUAUUUAGUUUUUCUUUCAUAAUUUUCUUUUAUUUUUUUCCUUCAAAUGAAUUAGUUAUGGAAUUUCGGAAUGAUUGAUCUUUUCGGGCUAAACUACUUUAGUCAUAAAUCCAAACUGCAGCUCAUUCUGAUCAUAAAUGAUUGAAUUAGUUAGUCU